GAGCUCUUUACAGUCUUGCUUCAAUCUCCACCGGGAUCGGAACUAAAAUAAAAUCAGAACUAAGAUUCGCUCCUGAAAAUGAUCACGUCCAGUUUGUGGUGGCUACUAACAAUUCUUGGCAGCGCAGUUGCCUACAUAGAAAUCUCUGAAGAAUAUCUGACUUCCAUAAAGCAAGAUGCUGCAGACGAUCAGGCCGCUGGAGAGUAUAACUACGAUGAGCAGGGAGAUGACUGGCAAGGAACUUGUCAGACAGGAACAGCCCAGUCCCCCAUAGAUCUAAUUUUCUCCGAUGCAAAGAUAGUUUCCAUUCCCCGAUUGCGAUUCAAUUACUAUAACCAAACGCUUCGUACUCCACUGAUCAUCACAAAUAAUGGGCACACAGCCAACAUGGUCAUUCCUCUGACUAGAGAUGGAACGCGUCCAUACAUAAACGGAGGACUUCUGCCCGGCGACUUUGAAGUUCAGAGCGUGCACUUCCAUUGGGGCUCCAGGAAUACCAAGGGAUCUGAGCACGCCAUUAACUAUGAGCGCUACGAUGUGGAAAUGCAUAUUGUGCAUAAGAAUACCAAGUACGCCACUAUGGGUGAUGCCACAUUGAAUCCGGAUGGGCUAGCAGUCCUGGGUAUUAUGAUGAGGUCGGUUAAUCGACUGAGCACUCGGAACUAUGGACUCAACAAGAUCUUCAACCAACUGCCCAAGAUCGUGGAGUACAACUCGAAUGCAACCAUUACUGGCACUUUGAAUGUAGGCCAGUUGCUGGGAAAUAUAGUGACUGGAGAAUUUUAUACCUAUAAUGGAUCCUUGACCACCCCGGACUGCGCAGAGGCUGUUACCUGGAAUGUUUUCAGCGAUGUCCUCGACUUUCCUCAUCGUCAAAUUGCCAAACUGUUGAAUCUUCAAGAUUCACGCAAGAGGCCUCUGAUCAAUAACUAUAGGAGCAUCCAGGAUACGAAUGACAGAGAAAUAUAUUAUCGGGCUCUGAACUUGUAAAAUAAAAAAAAAAAUUCUAACCCAUAAUAUAAACUACACAUAAACAAACUCAACUAUGAAAUAAACAAUAUUUAAUACCUUAAAGUA